GCCGGGCACUCUUCUUUCUGAAGCCUUUUUAGGGUGUCUUUGAACAGGCCUUCAGUCUCAGCCGUGGCCGUGGUACCUGCCAUGGAGCAGAUCUGCGAGUCGAUUUAUGAGCCAACGAGUCUUUGAGAUCCUCCAUACCAGCUCUGCAAUUUUCGAUGACCAAGGAGGAUUUGAGUCCUUUGACUCCGAGCCCCACGGCCAAAGUGCAGGGGAUCAGCCUUCUCGAGUAUCUCUGGCGGUGUUGUUGCUAGCUGGUCUCUAUUUCGACUCCAGUGUGGCAUUGUGGCAGAAUGUGUACAAAGAUGCACAGGUUCGAUUUGAUGGACCAAACUGUGAAGCAGUCCAUGACUGGGUUCUCACUAAUAGACGUGGCUUUCCUUGGGAAGGGGCCAACGCUCCACAUGCGCUACAUGGUGCAGACGGUUGCCCUCCACCGUUGGCCAAGCAGUUGAAGGAGCCCAAAGAGGCCAUAAUGUUCAGACGCCUCGAGCCUAGCAAGGAGGCAGAUGCCGUGGAGAAAGAGGACAGCCAGUGCUCCUGGAAAGCAGUUGUGCACGUGCCGACGGGUCGUCUUAAGUGCAAACCACAGAGCUUUACCAAAGGCUGCGCAUUAUCUUUGCAAGCGACAUGCGGGCUCAUCUUGUACUACAGUUACAACUAUUGGGAGAUGCAUUUGCAAAUAAAUAGGUUGGUGGCGAAUGGCUCAAUUCUUUGUUGUCACCAAGCGAAGGUGUUUUGCCCACCGGGCCGAGGUUUUGAGCUCAUCAAAGAAUGCUUUCAAAUUCGCCGGCUGCUGAAGUUCAGUGUGGUAGGUGCCAUGUUUGGAUGUGGUGCCGUGUUCAGCUUCCUCGCGCAGGAUGCGCUCUCCCCUGGCAGCUAUGCGCUCUAUGCACAGUCAGGUGUGGUCAUCGUUCCGAUCAUGUGGAGAAUCCUGUUCCGGCAGCCGCUGCCAGUUCUAACAUGGGUUCAUAUUUGCAUAAUAACACUUGGCAUUCUUGCCUACCGUAUCUCCGAGAUAGACUUGGAUCACAUGUUUGAUGGAAUUGGGCUGAUGUGGGUUGCGCUCAAAGUCCUCAUGGCUGGCUUGGGCUCUGUGGUGGCAGAGCUGCUGUUAAAGCAAGACACGUCCCUGCCGUUCACUGUGCAAGUGGCAUGCAUAUUGCCAUCGAAAGCCCUGGCCUGCUUGCUUACCAUUUGGCUGAUUCCAGGACCAGAUAUGGAAUGGCCAAACCACUUGCCUGAUAGGCCAGGCGGCUUUUUCCAUGAUUGGUCCAUGUGGACGUGGGUAAUUGUCUUUCACAACUUGGGCGACACCAUUUUGAGUGCAGCCGUGGCAAAACAAUUUGAUUCUGUUGUGAAGGCCAUUUGUGGCGUCGUGGGAAUUAUUUUUCCAACUUGGGUGGUCAGCUACCUAUGUGGCUGGGAAGAUCUAGUUCUCAAGAGCUCUGCAGGCCAGCUAAAAAUGACGGGUGGAGUUGCAGCUUGCAAUCAAAGACCUCAACGCUUCACAGUUGAGAAACACUCAUGAAGCUGGCAUGUUUGCUGCAAAUUGUGAUCAGUCCAAACAAGGCAUGCUGAGUGCAGCCUUGCAAGUGCAUGGCAAUCGGAGUCGCAAGGUAGUAAUUGUGGGUUCCUUCGCCUAUGUUCUUGGCCGUGCGCAGAACAAUGAGCUGCGGAAGUCUCAAGAUGAGGUGGCGAGACUAAGUCAAAGGAGCGGAGUGGUCGAGCUAACGUGAAGCAAGCUGGCAGCCCUCAUGCCACGCAUUUGUGUGAGUACGCCCUCAAUUUGUACAAUUAGACAAAGUAAAGAGGAACAGCUGCGAUUCUUGGCUGAAAAGCCAGGCUGUCCAAUGCAUUUGAAUGUGCUUGAGUGCACUCGAGUUGAUAUUGUUUCCAAAUGAAGCGGAAAACACAAUUCUUUAGAGCAGACGGAGCAUUAUGGAGCUUGGAGCCUUGCAGUUCAUGGUCUUCGGGACUGAGUAGUUCCCACUGUUGGUACUAUCAACGCUGAAAGUUGGGCGACAGCCGAUUUGCAACUAAAAUCGUUUGGGAGAGAGCUGCAGUUUUACUACCUUUCGGCUUGUUUUUGCAGCUCAAGUAUUGACAUAUUGAAGAGUGAAGUGUAUAUCUGUAUAUAUAUAUAAUAUGUUGAGAAUUCUAGGCUGAACCGUCCUCCAACCACCACCGCUGAAAGAACCCUGUUCUUUGUCCUGUUCCACUCAAGUCUCCG